UCAAGGAUGCAGAGGAGAGUACUCAUGAUCUUGGAAAAAGGUUUGGAUCAGACCGACAUUUAAGACGAACCAUGUGAGGGGAACCGUUCACGCCACUGGCCCUGUGAAAAGGAGAGAUGGCUAGGAAGAGCUUUGUGUGCGAUCACCUCCUGUACAUGACCGCCUUCAUGCAAAGGAGCCAUGCCAAGUCUUGUCUGAUGUGAAAGUGACCUGGCAGUGGAUUUCCCACCCUAAGAUAACAACAGCACACCCAGUGCCCGAGGAGAAGGUCACCAUGAUCUCUACCGCUCUGCGCUUGUUGGUUCUGGUGUCUUUUAUCACUCUGACCAUCGGCGGCAACGUGAUGGUGUGUUUGGCCGUGGGGCUCAGUCGCCGACUGUGGCGCGUGUCUAACUGCUUUGUGGUGUCGCUGGCCGUGACGGAUCUCCUGCUGGGCCUGCUGGUGAUGCCAUUGUCUGCCGCCGUGGAGCUGCGCAGCGGACACUGGCCCCUCGGCGGAGCUCUCUGCAACGUCUACAUCUCACUGGAUGUCAUGCUGUGCGCGUCCUCCAUACUGACCCUGAUGGCCAUCAGCGUGGACCGAUACCUGGCCAUUUCAGCUCCCCUCAGCUACUCCAGGAGGGUUACCCCCGUGAGGGUGACACUGGCCAUGAUCGCCAUCUGGGCCGUGUCACUAGCGGUGUCCUUUGUGCCCAUCCACCUGGGCUGGAACACGGCGGACUACAGAGUGCAGCACAUGGACUGGGGAAUGGGGGAUGAUGUCAAGGAGGGACUCUACUGCCAGUUUGAGUGGAGAAACAACUAUGUUCUCAUUUAUACCUUUGGCUCGUUUUACCUGCCCCUGCUGCUUAUGUGUGGAAUGUAUCUUUGCAUAUUCAGGGUGGCACGAGAACAGGUGCGGCGAAUUCGUGCUGCCACGCCGUCAUUUGCACGCACGGCAUCAACUGCAGCCAUCGCCCGGGAGCACAAAGCGACAGUGACCCUGGCAGCUGUGCUGGGGGCCUUUGUCAUCUGCUGGUUCCCCUACUUCACCCUCUUCACCUGCAUGGCCAUAAAGAGAAAGACUAACCCCCCCAACACACUUAACUCUGUUGUCCUGUGGAUGGGCUACUUUAACUCAGCUCUUAACCCCAUCCUGUAUCCGGCCUUCAACAGGGACUUCCGCAGGGCAUAUGGAGAGCUGCUUCGCUGCAGAGGACUGUCACACAGAAUACUGAGGCUUACUCGUCUGUCUGUGCAUAAACAAAUGACCUGGACUAAUGGACAAAGGGUUUCUCAACCCUCUGAGAAGCAUGCAGACAUGGUUGAUGAAGAAACCAAGGGGAAAAAACUCACUCUACGCGGGAUAAAUGGUAUCCCUGAUGUGCCAUGGUGAAAGGCCAUGGACGUGCAGAGAAUAUACAAUUUGUGUAAAUCUAAAGGUACAACAUAAUCAAUAAAUACAAAGCUUUUUUUGUGAGAGUACAAAAGCAGUUUGUGAAGCAAUUCCAAUGUGCAUGUGCUAAUAACAAUGAGUUAAAUUCACAGUGCUAAUGCCAGCUUAUUGGUCAGGUUUAUUUAGCAUACAGCAGUGGAAGUCAAAGUAAAGAUCAACUAGAGCCGAGUGAGAGGAAUUAAUGGCUGACUAAUUAAGUUUCGUAGCGAGCUGAAUGGAGACAAAGGUGGUUAAAGGUUUGCACAUUAUUUAUCUUUUCUCCCCUCAACACCGCCAGUGAAAGUGAAUAAAUGACCAGCAUGGGUAUUUGAUAUGUAACUGGACAGAUGUGACAAAGUGUAUUGUAGUAUUUGUGCAUAGCUGCUACACACAAACUUCCAAUUAUAAAGAGGACCAUUUGCAUUAAAGAAGACACAUGAUUCACAGUGAAGCUGCUGCUAAGACUUCUGAUUUAUUUGUGGGACUACUGUACAAGCACCGCCUCACAUUGACUUACUAAUGAAUUGACAUCAAACGUUUAAAUAGCUUGGUAUUAUAACCCAAUUAAAUAUUUACUCAGAAGGAUGACAAAAUAAGUGCAAUGUCAAUGUAGUCAGCUUGAACAAGACUUGAAGGGAAAACAAUGUUUUUUUUAAUAAUUAAGCAACUAA